AAGCCAAAGCUAGGGUUUCCCGUUUCAUACUUCUUCUGAGACUUUACAUGGCAAAAAGAGGGCUCCAUCAACGAAGGUACAGAUCUUCCCUUUGCAAGUAUUCGAACCAUAAACCCUAGUAUGACUUUGCAGGCCUGAUUUCCCAAAACUCACUUCCCCGUAACGUCAUACUACUGCUCCUAUUCGGAAUAGUACUAGAUGAUGAUUCGGCUUCUAUGCCCUAGAAAUCUCAAACGAACUAGGCAUAUCCUUAGCAACGUCCACCUGAUUCAGACAAACCCUUGCUCUGGUUCAGUUACAAAUGCGGCCAGUGACUGCUGCAGAGAGACAAGUUUCCGCAUCACUAGGAAUUUUUUUUCAAUAAAGAGCCCUAAUGCUGCAAGAAGUUACUGUUCUCAUACGAGCGGUGCGGAUUCAAGUGAGUGGACCGAAGAUAUAGAAUAUUUAGAUGAAUCGGGCAGCGUUAUUUUUUCUGGUAAAGGCAUAAGAUCCAUCGAGCCAGGGCUUGAUGACCAUGUGAUGGUGGGCGGGUUGAAGAAGCCGUUGUUGAACGCUUCAGCCGUUGCGAAAAUUGUUGAGAUUGUGAAGAGAUGGAAAUGGGGGCCUGAAAUGGAGACUCAGUUGGAUAAGCUUCAAUUUGUGCCCCACAUGACACACAUUACUCAGGCCUUGAAAAUUAUUGGUGACAGUGAUGCUUCUUUAAGUUUGUUUCGUUGGGCGAUGAGGCAAUCCUGGUACUCGCCUAAUGAUGAGUGUUAUACUACACUUUUCGACAGGUUGAACCAGAGUAGGGAUUUUGAUGAGAUUCAGUCACUGUUUGAUGAUAUUAUUCGGGAGUCUUAUAACCAUGGGGUGUCUUCGCCCUGUGCAUAUAAUUGGGCCAUUCAGUAUCUAGCAAAAGCUGAGAAAUUAGAGGUGUCAUUUUGUUGUUUCAAGAAGGUUAAAGAAUUGGGGUCUAAGAUUGAUACCCAAACAUAUAAUUCACUUAUAUCCAUGUUUUUGACUAAGGGUUUACCUUUCAAGGCAUUUGAGAUACAUGGAGACAUGGAAAAGGCAGGUUGCUCGUUGGAUGGAUCCACCUACGAGUUGAUGAUUCCAAGUUUAGCAAAAUCAGGGCGUCUUGAUGCUGCUUUCAAGCUUUACCAAGAGAUGAAGGAAAAGAAGAUUCGGCCGAGUUUCCUGAUCUUUGCCUCGCUUAUUGAUUCUAUGGGGAAAGCUGGGAGGUUGGACACCUCCAUGAAGGUAUACAUGGAAAUGCAAGGUCUCAGACUCAGGCCAUCAGCAACCAUGUUUGUUUCAUUAAUUGAGUCAUUUGUCAAGGCUGGUAAAUUGGAGACGGCUCUUAGGAUUUGGGAUGAGAUGAAGAAAGCAGGAUUUAGACCAAACUAUGGGCUUUACACAAUGGUUGUGGAGUCUCAUGCAAAAUCCGGAAAGCUUGAAGUUGCUAUGUCUAUCUUCUCAGACAUGGAGAAAGCUGGAUUUUUGCCCACUCCUUCGACCUAUUCUUGUCUAUUGGAAAUGCAUGCUGCUUCUGGUCAAGUAGACGCUGCUAUGAAGCUGUAUAACUCAAUGAACAAUGCAGGUCUGAGGCCAGGACUAAGUACUUGUACUGCCCUUCUGACGCUUUUAGCAAAUAAGAAGCUUGUGGACGUAGCUGCAAAAGUUUUACUUGAAAUGAAGGCCAUGGGUUAUUCUGUCGAUGUGAGUGCAAGUGAUGUUCUAAUGGUUUAUAUCAAGGAUGGUUCUGUCGAUCUUGCUUUGAGGUGGCUACGGUUUAUGGGUGCAUCUGGUAUUAGAACAAAUAAUUUCAUAAUCAGGCAGUUGUUUGAGUCAUGCAUGAAAAAUGGUUUGUAUGAAUCGGCAAAGCCUCUUCUAGAAACUUAUGUGAACUCUGCUGCAAAAGUUGACCUCAUACUUUACACGUCAAUUCUAGCGCAUCUUGUAAGGUGCCAAGAAGAGGACAAUGAGAGGCAUUUGAUGUCUAUCCUUGGUGCUACAAAUCAUCAGGCACAUGCUUUUAUGUGUGGAUUAUUUAUGGGCCCAGAACAGAGGAAGCAACCUGUGUUAUCCUUCGUGAGGGAAUUCUUCCAGGGUAUUGAUUAUGAGUUGGAAGAGGGUGCUGCAAGGUACUUUGUGAAUGUUCUCCUCAAUUACCUUGUUCUUAUGGGCCAGAUAAAUCGAGCUCGUUGCGUGUGGAAAGUGGCUUAUGAAAAUAAGCUUUUCCCAAAGGCAAUCGUGUUUGAUCAGCAAAUUGCUUGGUCUCUCGAUGUUAGAAACUUAUCGGUUGGAGCUGCUCUCAUUGCCGUAGUUCACACCCUCCAUAGAUUUAGGAAACGGAUGUUGUACUAUGGUGUUGUGCCCAGAAGGAUCAAAUUGGUCACUGGACCUACUUUAAAGAUUGUGGUUGCACAAAUGUUGAGUUCAGUGUCAUCGCCUUUUGAGGUCAGUAAAGUUGUUUUGAGGGCCCCAGGUGAUUCUGUUAUGGAAUGGUUCAAAAAACCAAUUGUCCAGCAAUUCCUUCUGAAUGAGAUUCCUUCAAGGGCUGACAUUCUUAUGCACAAGCUUAAUGUGCUUUUUCCCAGUUCUGCACCUGAAAUUAGAUCUCUGUCCCCUCCCAAACCUCUUAUGGCUGCAAAGACAAUGUAGAUGUCAAUAUUUGGGAUUCUGUUGGAAUUCUGAUGCAUUUUCGGCCAAUCUGAACAGUGUUGUUUUUCUGGAGCAGCGAUUUCAUGAGUUAUAAAGUGCACCGGUUCAUUUACCUAUAUUCUUGGGAUGACCGCUCUUACGCAGCCUGUUCGUGCCCUCGAUUAUGUAGGGAGAGGUAAAUUGUAGGUUGGGCUUUUUGCCCUUGCGUAGGGGAGGAAUCGAACUCACAACUCACUGGACUACACCGACAUAUCGCUUGUCCUUUUACCAUCCGACCUAUGCCUUGUGGGGGUCAUUUACCUAGAUUCUUGUCCAUAUAGCUGUGGAAGAUUAUAUCAUGAUGUGAUAAUAUUUAUUUUGCCCAAGAUUUUGAAUUGCAAUACAUGGAGUUUCUGAACUA